GAAACAAAGCCGCCGCCGGGAGCCGAGCUGGGCCCAGCCGGGGCGGGAGGCGAAUGCGAAUCCGGCGGCGGAAGCAACGACCCGGCGACCGACUUGGCGCUGCUCUAGGAAGCCGGAGGGCGCCCGCCUGCAGUUUGGCUAUGGACAGAUCCUUCCUCCUGCGUUUUGUGUGAGUGGAACCAAUUGGGCCUCCCACCCCCACCCGCUCAAUGGCUGCUCCGCUUUGGGAUUCCCUCCAGGGGAAUUUCUCAGAUUGCCCCAACGGCUCCCAGUGGGUGUGGCAGAUCUUCUCUGAGUGUGCUCGGGACGGCCGGGACAUAGCCAGCGUGGUGCUGGGUCUCAUUUCCAUCGUCUGCUUUGCUGCGGCUUCCUUCCCGCAAUAUUACCAAGCUUGCAAAACCGGCAUCAUGGACCAGGCCCUGUCCAUCUACUUCCUCUUGGGAUGGCUGGGAGGAGACCUGUUGAAUUUCAUUGGCUCGGUGUUGGCUGAUCAGCUCCCGCUGCAGGUUUACACAGCCAUCUACUACGUCCUGGCCGACCUUCUCAUGAUCUCCAUGUACCUGUACUACAAAUUUAAGAACCGGAACAGAAGCUUUUCUGCCCCCAUUAAUGCCGUCUUCACCAUCCUUUUGCUGGGAACGGUGUCAACAACUUCCCUUCUGGGCCGAGCCGUGCCUCCCAGCAGCGAGAGAACUCAGCUGUUCCAAGGAAGGAGGCUUCUCUCCAUGGAGACAGAGGACUCCAGAUGGGAGCCCUUCACCAAGAAGGAAAUCAUCGGCUUUGUGAUUGGGUCCAUUUCAUCCCUGCUGUACCUGCUCUCCCGAGUCCCCCAGAUCUACAAAAAUUUCAAGAGGAAGUCCACCAGCGGCAUCUCCUACUCCCUCUUUGCCCUGGUGAUGCUGGGGAACACCCUGUACGGCGUCAGCGUCUUGCUGAAAAACCCAGACCUGGGUCAGAGUGAGGCCAACUACAUAGUCCGCCACCUGCCCUGGCUGAUUGGCAGCUUGGGCGUUCUCUCCCUGGACAUCUUGAUUUCCUUCCAGUUCCUUGCCUACUGGCAGCGGGCACCUCCGUUGCUUGAAGAGCGGGAUGCUCUCCUUGGCAAGCAAGAGGAGCCCCUCGACAGUUGAUGGGGGCUGAGGGAAGUGGACAGCCAGCAUUGCUGUGGUGGAGAAACACCCCCCCCCCCAAAGACCAAAACGGAUUUUGGACCGCCGGAUCCCAGAGAGCAGCCUGUUCAUGCCUUCUCUCUGCCUGGAGCAAGAAGGGAUGUCUUUCAGCACUGAACUGUUCACACCCCAUAAUGGACAGCUUUCCUGUUUCUCACAAAAGGGAAAAUAAGAGCCAAACCAAGUCUGAGAUGAACACGGUUUUCUGUCCCCAUCAAAACCAAAGAGGGAUCAAUCACAGGAUACAGGUCUCAUAUUUCAAGCAACAAUGCGGGAAGCACAACAGGAAUUCACUACUGGUGCUAAUGGUAGAAACUACCUCUGUGGAUCUUUGUUUUCACUCAUCAGGUUCCAUUUCUCUUUGUUUGGGACCCAGGGAUCUCUGUUCUGCACACGUGAGACAUUUCUUGCAUUGCAUAUUAGGCUAUACGCAGCUGGGAGGGGUCAAAAUAAAGCUCCUAUCCGGUC